AGGCGAACCUGGGGCAGACGGGUCCGGGAGCGGUGUGAGGCGAACUGCGCUGCCGCCGCGUCCUUCCCGGGUGCCGCGGGCCCGGGUCGCGCGGGGCCCCGCGGCGUCCGCACUAUGCGGGCGGACUGCCGGCCGCCGGGAUGGCGAGCGGGGCGCCGCUGAGAGUCGAGAGCAGCUCGCGGGGUCCCAGAGGCCGGGCCGCAGCCGCCGCCCCCGGCCGGGCAGCGCUCCCCCGCGCUGGCUGCUGUCCCCUCCCUCCCUGCUGCAACUCCUCCUCCUGCUCCUCCAGGCCUGGGCUCCCCCUGCUUCUGCUGCUCCUGCUGCUGCAGCUGCUCGAAGACGCGGGAGCUCAGCAAGGUGAUGGGUGUGGACACACUGUGCUAGGCCCUGAGAGUGGAACCCUGACAUCCAUCAACUACCCCCAUACCUAUCCCAACAGCACCGUGUGUGAAUGGGAGAUCCGGGUAAAGAUGGGAGAAAGAAUUCACAUCAAAUUUGGUGACUUUGAUAUUGAAGAUUCUGAGUCUUGUCACUUUAAUUACUUGAGAAUUUAUAAUGGAAUUGGAGUCAGCAGAACAGAAAUAGGCAAAUACUGUGGUCUGGGUUUGCAAAUGAAUCAUUCAAUUGAAUCCAAAGGCAAUGAAAUCACAGUGCUGUUCAUGAGUGGAAUCCAUGUUUCUGGACGAGGAUUUUUGGCUUCAUACUCAGUUAUAGAUAAACAAGAUCUAAUCACUUGUUUGGACACUAUAUCCAAUUUUUUGGAACCUGAGUUCAGUAAGUACUGCCCAGCUGGCUGUCUACUUCCUUUUGCUGAGAUAUCUGGAACAAUUCCUCAUGGAUAUAGAGAUUCUUCACCAUUGUGUCUGGCUGGGGUACAUGCAGGAGUAGUGUCAAACAUUUUGGGUGGCCAAAUCAGCGUUGUGAUUAGCAAAGGCAUCCCAUACUAUGAAAGUUCUUUGGCCAACAACGUCACAUCUGUGGUGGGUCACUUAUCUACGAGUCUUUUUACAUUUAAGACUAGUGGUUGUUAUGGAACACUGGGGAUGGAAUCUGGUGUGAUUGCUGAUCCUCAGAUAACAGCGUCAUCUGUGCUGGAGUGGACUGACCACAUGGGGCAGGAGAACAGCUGGAAACCAGAGAAGGCCAGACUGAGAAAACCUGGGCCUCCCUGGGCUGCUUUUGCCACUGAUGAGUAUCAGUGGUUACAGAUAGACCUGAACAAGGAAAAGAAGAUAACAGGUAUUAUAACCACUGGAUCCACCAUGGUAGAGCACAAUUAUUAUGUGUCUGCCUAUAGAGUUCUGUACAGUGAUGAUGGGCAGAAGUGGACUGUAUACAGAGAACCUGGUGUGGAGCAGGACAAGAUCUUUCAAGGAAACAAAGAUUAUCACCAGGAUGUGCGUAAUAACUUUUUGCCACCAAUUAUUGCACGUUUCAUCAGAGUGAACCCUACCCAGUGGCAACAGAAAAUUGCCAUGAAAGUGGAGCUGCUUGGAUGUCAGUUUAUUCUUAAAGGCCGUCCUCCAAAGCUUACUCAACCCCCACCACCUCGGAACAGCAAUGACCUCAAAAACACCACAACUCGUCCGCAAAUAGGCAAAGGUCGUGCCCCAAAAUUUACUCAACCACUACAGCCUCGAAGUAGAAAUGUGUUUCCUGCACAGACGGAGCAAACAACUGCAACUCCUGAUAUAAAAAACACGACUGUAACUCCCAAUGUAACCAAAGAUGUUGCGCUGGCUGCAGUUCUUGUCCCUGUGCUUGUUAUGGUCCUCACGACCCUUAUCCUCGGUCUAGUGUGUGCUUGGCACUGGAGGAACAGAAAGAAAAAAACUGAAGGCACCUAUGACAUACCUUACUGGGACCGGACAGGCUGGUGGAAAGGAAUGAAGCAGUUUCUCCCUACCAAAUCUGUGGAACAUGAGGAAACUCCAGUUCGCUACAGUAAUAGUGAAGUCAAUCACUUGAGUCCUCGAGAAGUUACCACAGUGCUGCAAGCUGACUCUGCAGAAUAUGCACAGCCCCUUGUGGGAGGAAUCGUUGGUACACUCCAUCAGAGAUCUACCUUUAAACCUGAAGAAGGAAAAGAAGCAGGCUAUGCAGACCUAGAUCCUUAUAACUCUCCAGUGCAGGAUGUGUAUCAUGCUUACGCCGAACCACUGCCCAUCACGGGGCCCGAGUAUGCAACCCCAAUCGUCAUGGACAUGUCUGGGCACCCCACAGCCUCAAUUGGUCUGCCCUCCACAUCCACUUUUAAAACUACAGGGAACCAACCUCCCACUUUAGUGGGAACUUACAAUACACUUCUUUCUAGGACUGAUAGCUGCUCCUCAAGUCGGGCCCAGUAUGAUACCCCGAAAGGUGGGAAGCCAGCUGCCCCAGAUGAAUUGGUGUACCAGGUGCCACAGAGCACCCAGGAAGUAUCAGGUGCAGGAAGGAAUGAGGAGUGUGAUGCUUUUAAAGAAAUCCUUUGAAGGUAGUACUGCUUUUUACAAAGCAUUCAUUUAAAGCACAUGGCUUUUUAAUUCUUAGUGGUAGUAGUAAUAGAAUGUAUUACAUAUCUGUCACUGAAGUGGUUGGGGAAUAUGGUGACCGGGGUACAGGAAACUACUUAUCUUGCUUUAAAGGUGUUACUGUGGCACAGUUACUGCUUGCCUGUUAAAUUUCAAAGCAUCCUGUUUGUUACUACUGUAAAACACUAUUUUUAAUAGAGAAAAACUCCCUAUGAUGCACUUCAAAGAACCUGAAAAUCACUGAGAAUAUUUAUUACCAAUACUGCAGGUACAUUAAUGAACUUGAGAUGGUUCUAUAAGCCUUGCUGGCAAUAAUGCAUGGUACUGUUCUUGAACUACCGAAUGGCUUGAAAUUUUCCCUUUGUUGAAAGGUAGGUACUAUUGUGCUUCCUCUUCUUUGAAUCCUAUAUUCCUGUCUGGAUCCUUUUUUUUCCCCUGAUAUUAAUCAGUGAUCAAGAAGCCCUGUUAUAGUUGCAGCCAUGUACACUUCUGUGUCUUUCCCCAGGAAGACACAUUGCUGGAGCACCCUGCCUUGCAGUGAGCUGGGCAAGGAACUUCUCAUUGAUGACACUCUUCAGCAGCAUUAACACCUCAUAGGACUUAGUCUCAGCCUUGCUCAUUCUAUCCAGGGCCCUUCGUGGCUUGUUCCAUUCUGUAUUCAGAAAAGCUGAUGGUGGUUUUUUUUUUUUUAACAGGUGAUGCUAACUUUGUCAGUCUCGUGAAGUCAGAGCCCUCUUGUGUCAUUGAGUAGAAGUAGGAGAGAAGCAGUUAACAGUUUAGAAAAGCUAUAAAGGAGAUCGCUCUGAUGAAGUAAUAUACAAUUUUUAGCAAUUACAAAAUGAGAACUUACCACUUGUUUUGUAUACUCACAAACACAAGCACAUGGAUUUUUUUCCUUGAGUAACAAGGUGUUCUAUAAUUUUAGUCAAAUAAUUUUUCAUUUUAGUUUAGUAAACUAUUAUAAGAAAAAGAACCCCAACAUGAGCCAGGCAUGGUGGUGUAGGCCUGUGGUCCCAGAUACUGGGGAGGCUGAGGCAAGAGGAUCACAAGUUCAUGGCCUUUGUAGGCUACAGAGUGAGUACAGGAUCAACCUAGGCAGCUUAAGAGAACCUAUUUCAAAAUGAGAAAAGCUGAGUUAUAUGUAGCUCAGUGGUUUAGUGCUUGCCUAGAAUGUGUGAAGCCUUAGGUUCAAUCCCCGGCACUAUAAAAAGGAAAGAGCCAACAUGCAUUUUGCCCUACUGUGUGAUUUUGGCCUUUUAUCUGCGGGAAGAGGCCUAAGUAGCCCUUCAGGUGAGAUGUGGUUGACAGAUGUACAAAUAGAUGGAUAGAUAGCAUCUAGAUUCUGUGUGAUUCUUCCCAGAAACUUCCUUGUCACUACUUGUACAUGACCUACCCAGAACUUGUUUUGGAUAGGGCAAAUUAGGUAUCUUUUGUAGUGGAUUAGCCUGUAGUACAGAAACCAUCUUCAGAUGUCUGUAGGUGUAGGCGGGCAAGACAACACAAGAAGGUCACCAUUAUGAGAAACACAAAACUUGGUAUCCCUCAUCCACAAACCUGUUUGUAGUUUAGUGUCAAAGUAUCCCGCCCCUCACGUUCUAUUCACCUCUCUUGGUUUGUGCCACCAGUUAUGACAUUGCCAAAAGUCACUAAAUUCACUAAAUUUGAAUAGCGGCAAAUAGUAUUGGUUUUGCUCCUUGUACAAGCACCGCAGCAUUUGAAGAUUGCUUCUGCUUUGGAAUGAACUGUUUCUGCAGCUUCCUUGCCUUUUCCUUAUAUGACUUUGUUGCUUUUAUUUUCGUUUGCCUUUUGUUUUACAAACCUUGAGGCACAAUUCCACUCACUGAAAAAAAAAAAAUCAUUGUAUAUUUUGUUUCAAGGUAUUUGAAACACAAAGCACAGAUGUUGAACUUUAUUAAACCAUAUAUGAAUGUGUGAAGCACAUGUAUUAUGCAGAUGUCCCCUUUCAGGUGGGAACAAAGUAAACCAUUUGCUGUUUUAUUUUACUCAUGCUUAGUACACAGAGAAUAUAGUUUUCCUGAAGUCAGAUACCUGUUUGAAGCUUUAAGGGAGACAUUUUCAAGAUGAAUUCAUUUUCCCAAAGAAGUUUGCUAUUUUUGUGUAAUUGUAUGUCUCUGAAAAUUUUUCCUUAGAGCUUUUUUUAAUAAAAUGAAGCAAUGUUUUUUGAAAUGAUGCAUAUUUUAAGACUUGAUUCAUACUGCCACUGUGCUGUCCUUGAACUCUACCAAUGGUUUUAAUAAAAUACCUAGUUAUUAUUUUUAUAUAUUUUACUUUGCAGAUGAAGAGCCGAGCCUGAUUCAGAUGGUUUGUCUGGUUUUGUACUUUGCCUUUUAGUUUUCAUACUAUAGAUUAUUUUUGUUUUUUAAUGUACUUACAUGUCUUACAUACAGCUUUGGAAGACAAUCAAGUAACUGAAAAUGUGAAAGUAACUAUUUCUUGACAAGGACCCUUUAAGUUUUAAUUCCUUGCUUGAAAUAUUUAAUACUAUCUAAGUCACUGUGGUAAUUGGAUCAGAUUUUUUUUUCCUGAUAAUACAAUUAUAAAAAUAGAAUCAGACAGCAGUGUGGCAAGUGCAGCCUUCUGAGGUUUAUAAAAUUACACUGAUUUCAUCCUAGGAAAGCAGCACAGAUAAAGAUAUUGUGAAUUCUGGUUUGUGGUUUAUUAAAUGAUAGAAAUAUAAGUAGUUCCUGUUGUAUGUGCCAGGUCUAGUCCAGUUAUUUAAUUUACGUUUCACUAUUUGCACUUUGCAUUGAAAAAUGGGUUUAUUUGCUGUUCAAGUAGAGAAUUUAUAGUCAUUACAAUUAUGACAUUUUAUAUAUGCGUGCUUCUCCCCACCUUCUCUCGUGGGAGGUAGUGGGGUACAUUAAACAUGAGUGUGUCCAUAAGGCUGUGGCUGCUGAUCCAGACUGAGCUUCUUUGCCUUGGCUCCACACUGUCACUUGGAGAGCAGCAAAAGAGGCCUAGAAACACCAAGACAGAUGAAACCACUAGAAAGACCCGUAGAUUACGGGGGACAUUGAAAGGUUUCCAAACCCUCUGAAGACAGCUGACAAAGCUCUGUAUUUAAAAGAAAAGUUAUUUCUUAAUUCUGCCUUUUGGUUAUGAACUUGAAGUUCCUAAACUGCAAAAAGAGUUGGAUGGUUAUUAGAAUACUUUGUUAACUGUGGUACCAAUUCUCAUUUAGUCCAACUUUGAUUUUGUUUGUUUUCCCUUUUUGGCACUGGGAAUGGUGGAAACAAAACAUGUAUUGAACUAUGUAGGAAGUGAAAAUGGCUUGAGUGGCAGUUACAUUAUCCCAGAAUGUAUUUUUCUUACCUCGGCAUGUACUGUAGUCACUUGGUAUCUGUAUAUGUUGCUAGAAUUUAGACUGUAUGAAAAUAGUGAAAUUCUAAUGUGUUUUUAAUAAAUUGUAUAUAUGUGUCUUGCUCAAAAUAUUUGGAUUAAAUAAAACAUUCUUGACAUCU